AUGGCGUCCAACAGCACAACACCACGUAAGGCUAAUGGCGUGCUAUCAGUCGGAGGCAGCCAGGCCGCUCACGAUGCGCCCAAGCCAUCCAAAGCAAAGGCAACAGCGCAAGGCAAGAAAGUCAUCAUUCGCCGUCUGCCCCCAGGCAUGACAGCCGACGAGUUCUGGGCCACUCUCGGGGAAGAGUGGAAGGAAGGAAACGGAAAGGUCGAUUGGACGCGCUUCGAGGUGGGCGAGAUCUCGCAGGAUCCGUCGAAUCCCUCGUAUCCAGCACGGUGCUACCUACAUGUUCUUCGAGUCGAAGAUUCACCCACCCUCGCCGAGAUAGUCCAGAUGUCGACCUGGGAGGAUGCGAAACACACGGCUAACGACCCCGCCCUCGUCGGUCCUCCGUACCUCGAGAAUGCCAUCUACCAGAAGAUACCGACGACUAAGCGACGAACGGAUCCGAGGCAGGGCACCAUCGACCAAGACCCGGAAUUCAUAGCGUUCCUGGUUAGUCUCACUCAAGACACCCCGCCCAAAGAGGCCGACGGCGAGCAGGGCGUCGACGAACUCAGCAAACCGGACGGAAAAGUUACUACAACGCCCCUAAUCGAGUACCUUAAGGAGAAGAAGGCGAACAAGGCGAAGGAGACUGCCAACAUUAAAGGUGGGAAGCAUUCUCGUCACGAGUCUCAAGGAAAGGGAAAAGAGGAUUCUAAGAAGAGGGGAAAGGAAUCUAAGAAUGAGAAGGCCGAAAAGUCUGCCGAUAAGGAGAAGACCAAGGAGCCGCUGAAGUUGCUCACCAAGAAGGCCGCUGCUCAGGAGGCCGCAGAGGCAGCAAAGUCCGCAGCUGCCCAAAUCACUAUGGGCAAAGCAACUGAAGAGGCAGCGCCCAAGAGUCGUCGUGCGAAUAUCGCUGCAGCCGCUAAGACCCUGCAACGUGACCUCGGCCUCAGUCCAGGUAGUGCUCACAGGAGAGCUCGCCAGGAUGCCGCCAAGGCGGAGGGUACGCCGAAGCCGGAUGACAUCAAGGAAAAGGAGAAGCAGGAUCCUAUCGCUACCGCACCAUCUGGGCCCAGCCAGUCGACGACCGCCGUACCUCCUUCUGCGCCGACAGCGCCAAAAGCUCAGAUAGCCGAGAGCUCCCGGCGAAGUCGAGGUGCCAAAGCUGGGAAGCAAGGUUCGGCGGGCGAAAUUGCUAAGAGCAAGGGUAGCGAGAUGCCAGGCAGUAGUAGUAACCCGAAAUCGACACCUACGGUGGCACCAACUAUUCUGAAACGGAAAGAAGAAGUAGUCCCUACCGGGUCAGCAUCGAGUGCGUCGACACCCACGCCUUCUGCUACCGUGGCACCUCCCACAGGCCCUAAGGCUGCUACUGGCAAGCUCACGCCAGCUGCAAGGGCGGUAUCGACAUCCCAAAAGAAAGGAUCAGCUCCGCCAUCAGUAACACCAGGGGCCACGCGGGGCUUUGUAAAACAUGCCAACCCUUCACAAGGUGUCACAGAGGCACUCCUGAAGCAAGCUAUGGAGGCAUUCGGCACCGUCACAUUCGUCGAGAUUGAUAAGAAGAAAGGCUUUGCCUAUGUUGACUUUGUGGAUCAUGAUGGACUUGUCAAGGCUAUAACUGCGAGCCCGGUACCAAUUGCGCAGGGCACUGUUCAGGUGCUUGAGCGGAAGGAGACUAAGAAGGCAGCCCUGGCAGCACCGACUCAGCCAGCCAGUGAGAAGGCUGCCACGGGAAGUCAGCCAGAUCGCCCUAAGCGGGGAGGACGUGGCAGAGGGCGAAGAGGAGGGGCCAAUGCCGGCAACGCCAACGAGGCUGGUGAUGGGGCAGGGUCAACCACACAACAAGGUGACGCCAGUGCUGGAGGUCGUCCGGGAUGA